AUGCAUAGCACCAUAGAAGACUUUCUGCAGGCUGAUAACAACUUCAUCCCAAUAAGGUACUCUUACUCAGACAUUAAGAAGAUGACUGGUAGAUUCAAGAACAAACUGGGUGAAGGUGGCUUUGGCACUGUAUUUAAAGGAAAAUUGCGCAGUGGUCGUUUUGGAGCAAUUAAGAUUUUGGGCAAGUCUAAAGCUAAUGGGCAAGAUUUCAUAAGCGAGAGGUAG